CAAUUCAAACCAUUAUUAUUUGUUGUUUGUUAUAUGUUACUCGCUUGCUUUACGAUCAGUGUAGUGUAUAACUUUUUCUUCCUACAGAACUUCACUGAUUAUUUUUAAACUUGAGAAAAGUUUAUUUAUGAUUACAAUUUUGCUUCCCGUGAGUUCGAAUGAAGGACACUAGAAUCUAAAACAGCUUCUUCUUAUUAGAGCAACAUGACUCGUUCUAAAGCCAACUCCAAGAAGCAGCAUGGCAUCGACUUUAAGAAAAUAAGGCGGAAGGUUGGGAGGAAACUGCCACCGCCUAAGAAUACUACUAAUACUGAAAUUAAAUCUAAAGCAAUUGUUCUGCCAGAGCAGAGCGUAGCAGCGGAGAAGGCUGGUUUAGCUGUGAACAAAAAAGGUUUGACUCUGAAAGAACUUCUGCAGCAAACAUCUCAUCACAAUGCAAAAGUUCGUAGAGAUGCAUUGAUGGGUAUUAAGGACUUAUUCAUCAGAUAUCCAGCUGAACUGAAGUUGCACAAAUAUGCUGCUGUAGAAAAAAUUCGUGAGCGCAUUGGUGAUGAUGAUAAAGUGGUUCGAAAAUCAUUAUACGAUCUUUUUAAAGCAGUGAUAUUACCUGGAUGUAAAGAGGAUAAUCAAGAGCUGAUCAUUUCUCUAUUGAUGGCUUACAUUUUCAAUGCAAUGACUCAUUUGGCGGUUGAUAUUCGGAUCAUGGCAUUUGAUUUCUUAGACCUUGUUCUUGAGUUUUAUCCUCCUUCCUUUUCUUCUUAUGCAGAAAAGAUUUUUCAGAAUUAUGAGGAUAUUCUAAGGAAGAACCAGUACUAUUUACAAGACAAAGGAAAACUAAAAGAUGCUCUUGCUGGGUUGGUUCGCUGCUUGUCACUCCUGCCAUGGAAUAAAGAAGAAACUGAUAUGCAUAAUAAGGAUGAUACUGGGCAAAGGGUAUUACAUGCUUUUGAAGCUGAUAUGGCUAUGAGCUCUAAUGGUUUUUCUCAUAUCAUAAAGAAACUGAAGGAUCUAGUGCCAGUAUUAAUAAAUAGUUUCCUGGAAUUUAUUCCAUUGAUUCAUGGUAUGGACAGUCUUGAAGGGAAGUCUUUUGGUUGUAUGGCAUCCAUUCUUAAUUGCAUAGAUCUUAUAGUUAGGUCUUUUGCAUAUGAGACUGAUAAGGAUGCAGAAUCCCCAAGUACUCAAGGUGGACCUCAUUUGGCUGUGUGGGAUGUUGCUAUCUCAUCUGCACUCUUGAAGAAAUUAUUUCCACUUUUCCCCCUCAAUCCAGUGCAUCAACUUUCAGAAAGGGAUUAUGAUAGGGUGCUUGACUUGAACAUGGUCAUUGCAAAAAUAUUUUUUGAAUUAAAUGAAUGUAUCUGUCUUCCUCCUGAUUUGUUGGAGAGAUUUCUGGAGUUCAUUGAAAAUGCACUGCUGGGGAAGUUCUGCAGAGCUGCACAGUCUGGUAAGGCUAUCUGGGAAAAGCAUCUAGUUCAGCUCCUUUCCUUUAUUCCCAAAUUUGUUUCACAUGGGGCAAGCUAUGGAAUAUCUCGUCUUCUUCAGGCUUUUACCCAGACAUUCAGGGAAAGCAAACCAGGUUCCUUGCUGAAAUUGGCCUGUCUUUCUGCUAUUGAAGAUAUGCUAACUCCUAUCCAAAGCAUGCUUUCCCUGGAGACAAGCAAUCCAGAAAAUUUAGAACUUCAAAAUGCUUUACUUGCUUGGAUUAGAGAUCUCCCUCUGUUGCUGAUGCAGCUUGGAGAUAAACACCCAGCCUGCUCCUAUGUCGCGUUACGUCUUCAACUUCGUAUUGGACAAUGUGCUUUGUUGAAUUCAUCACUUGUUUACAUGUAUGACAACAUGCAGAAUUCAUUGCAAGAUUUUUAUUGCACAUGUCAAGAAGGAGGUACUGAUCUUGAUCCUUAUGUUUUAUUUCGGAUCAUAGAGAUUCUCCAUUCAGCCUAUAGAGAUGGACAUAUUAAAAUUGCAGAUUACUUGAGUGUCUUCAUCACCUUGGUCUUUCGUUUCAAAGUUUCUCCUGAAAUUAGUUCUACUGGUUUUAAGAGUGAUCCUCGCAGCCAAACUUUGAAGUCAAUGACAACUAUUCUUUGCUCAUACAUGGCACAGAUGGGUGACAGUUCUCUUGUUCUACAGUUGAUAGAGAAAGUGAUAAUUGAUCAGAUACCACAAAAGCCUUCUUUGGAUAAUAGUUAUUCUCUCCUAAGAAUACUUGUUACAGUUGAUUGCAAGCCCACAAGACUUUCUGAACAAAGCAUUAUCACUCUAGGCCAUCAUCUUUCUGAAUAUCUCGUGGAUGUUGUGCUGUGCAUUCCAGAAGAUGAUGAUGAACAGGGCACUUCCUCCAUUCAAUUAAGUACUCUGCAUUAUUAUCUUCUACCUUGUUUUUUCUUGUUUGACCGAUGCCACAAACUUAUGAAUCUCGUGUUGAAGACAAUGGGAUCAGCUAUAACAAAAAGUAGUUUGUCACCGAUAUCUGAUAAUUGUACUCAACAUACAAGGAACUGCUUGAUUAGGGUGAAUGCUGUUACUUCUAUACUCUUGUUUAUGCACAAGGAUGCUAAAUUGCAACAGAUUUUGGCUUUAUUCAAGGAAGAUAUUGAUAACAUCAUACAACAAAUUCUUUCUUUACAGUCAUCGGGGGAGAUCAGUAUGGCAAUUGAAGAAAGGCAUAAAAUACAAUGUGCAUUUGAACGACUGAAAAUCUUAACAAGAUAACCAUGGUCAAGAAGGAUGUUGUGGAGUGAGAAACUGGUUUGCACAUUGUUGGCAUAGGAGGGACACCUUUAUUGUCAAAUUUACAGGCAGAAAGACAAGGACCAAGAUCUGUGGUGGACAAUUUUAUAAAUCUUGUUAUACAUGCAUUGGAACCAGUUAAGGAGAAUGUUUUCAACUUUGAUAGGGAACUCGGCAUCAAUUUUGUGAAUCUCAGUGUAGCAUACCUGGCAUCCUAAUCUAUCGUCUUACUUUUACGCAGUUUAAUCUACGAGCAACUGAGCGCUGCGAGCAGGCGGUUUGUUUCACAUUGUAGAGAAAUAUAAAUUUUGCCUCCAAUUUUGUCUAUAGUAAUGUUUGUUCUAUUAGUUAGCAUCUUGUUGCUUUGUGUUAUAUAUAUUAUUACCCAAACUCCAAAGUGGUAGAAGUAUUUAGUAUUUAC